AUGAAGUACCAGACUGUUAUGUUCGCCCUCGUGGGUGCUGCCUCGGCCCGCGAGAUCCCCAUCUACUCGGGCAAGGUGGCCAAGCGCGAGGUACCCCAGGAGCACUCUCACCAGGCCAUCCUCGACAAGGUCGAUACCGCCCUCAAGCUCAACAACCCUCUUAAAAUCGUCAACGCCGUCUUCGGUCUCUUGGGCAACAAGGCCGCUGCCGAGGGCGCCCCCGGGGUUCAGAACCUCGACUGCUUGGCCCAGAUCAUUGCCGACCAGGCCUUUACCAACUCGAAGGCUGCCGGCGAUGUUGAUGGCCAAGCCCAGGCCAUUCUCUUCCGCGCCCUAGAGCGCAACACGGGCAGCGUCGGCCUAGCCAGCGUCCUCUGCACCCAGACGGCUGUCAACCCCGAGAUUGCUGCCAUCACCCAGCAUCAGGACCCCGCCUCCCCCGAGGGCAUUGCUGGCAACAAGAAUAUCGAGAUCGCCGUUGCCCUCCAGCUGGCAGCCAUCGGGGCCGACCCGAUUCUUGCCCUCCAAAGCGGCACAUUUGCCCCUGGCAAGAUCGGCGACCCGACCGGCAAGGGCAACACCUGCGACGAUGCAAAUGACGCCGUUGGCUGCAUCAUCUCCCAGAAGCUGCUCACCCCGGCAGCUACCGAGGCCGAUAUCAAGGCCGCCGUUGCUGCCGCUCCCGCCGCCGCCGCCCCUGCCGCCAAUGCCAAUGGUAUGUUAGCAACCAAGCUGAUAAUUCGAGAAGCGUGUGCUGCUAACACUGAUACCUCAGCUAAGGCUAGUGCCCGUGCUCCCAGCGGCGCUGCCCCCUCCGCUUCCGCUACCGUCAACGUCCAGAAGUUUACAGGCUCCCUCGGCGGCGCCGCCCCGCCCGUCAUCAGCUCCGACGCUGAGCGCCCGUUCUCGGUCAACGGCAACACCUUCCUGAAGGAGGCUGCCGCCAUCGACCGGUCGUGCGCGAUCCAGAAGAACGCCUGCGCCAACGCCGCCAACUCGGGCCAGCUCGCGGGCGGCACCGCUCAGUGCGAUACCCAGGAGCAGGCGUGCCAGGCUGCUUCCGCCGCCAAGAAGGCUCGCCGCCGUGCUCAGAAGGCCCGGCGCCAAGCCGCCCUCGACUUUGGCUCGUGCGGCAGCCCCGCCAUCCAGUUCGCCGACGGUCUCGACGGCCGCAAGGAGGCAAGCUUCCAGAGCGAGAACUUGGCCGAUUUCAACCACGGCUCGGCCCUCAACAUCAAGGUCAUUGCCGAAUUCACCUGCAACAAGCUUGAGAGCACGUGCAAGGCGUCCGACGCGACCGUCGCGGCCUGUGACAGCGCCGCCUCGGCCGCCAGCGCCCAGAAGGGCCAGGCUGCUGCCGACGCCUUCAACUCUGCGCUUGGCGUUUAA